CACUGGGUGAAUAUAGAUCUCUCAAUGGGACUAAUAAUGAUAAGAAUAACACAGGAGCGGCAAAUAUGUCAUUUGUGCGUGAUAAAAUGAAACAAUACUAUUAUGCUAAUAAUUCAACGUUUGCCAUGAUAUCUACUCCUGUUCCUACUACAAAUAUAACCUGUAUCGAUACCCUACAACCUAGCAAUUUUCCAUUGCCUAGAUGUGUUAGCAACAAGAUUCAUUCUUUCCAAUUGAAACCUCAAGAUUCUUAUAAUUUGACACUCUUGAACCAUUUUAAAUCGAAAAGAAGAGUUUCUCAUAUAGUUAGCAAUGCAUUGAAACCUGAUAUAGGUCCAAAUGAGUCAAUAUAUAUUCCUGCAGAUGAUAAUAAUUAUCAAUCACAGAAUAAUUAUUAUCAGGGAAGAAAUCAAGGCACACCUUUUCUUGAUGCGUCGCACAUUUAUGAAGUUGAGGAUUGGAAACUUCAAAUGAUUCGUGAUUACGGAAACAAAGGAAAAAUGAAACUUAACACAAGCGGAAUAUCAGAUGAUUACGCCUUUGGUUAUCCACCACGAACUUAUGGUGUUCCGUUGCUUGCGUCUUCGAUUGCUCUUGAUGUGCAAGAUGAAGUUGAUAUAUUUAUUUGUGAUCAAAUGAGAAAUUUCAUGUACCGAUCUGAACUCAUUGAUGUAGCAAGUUUCGAUAUUUUUAGAGCUCGCGAUCACGGGAUCCUAUUAUAUAACGAUGCUAGAGAAGUCUUCAACUUAUGUCGAGCUAAAAAUUGGUCUGAUAUUUCGUCAGAUCCAGUUACUCAACAACGCUUACAAGAUACAUAUGGUUAUGUUAAUCUAGUUGAAGUUUUUCCAGGAGGUCUUGCUGAGGAUCAUGUUAAUGAUCAAAUCUUGGCCCAUUAUUUUUUGCUAGCUAUUCGGAUCAGGUAUGAAUCUCCGGAAGCUGGAUUUACUCAAGAUGAAAUAAAUUUAAUUCAUAAUACAACAUUAGCAAUGGUGAUUAGUCGGAAUAUACCAGCCACUGCAAAUUUGCCAUCAAAUAUAUGGAUAGUUCAACCUGCCGCUAUUCCAAAUGUCACCACCACCGAUAAUUCUUAUCCUCAGUUUAAUGUCUUAAAGUUUUCCAAUACAUAUCAAGCUCAAUGGAGAAUUGAUGGUUCUGAUAUUUAUUUUUUAAUAACAUUACAAAGUUCGAAUGGCUGGUGUGGUAUUGGUUUCAACCCUACAGAUAAUGGCAUGACGAACGCUGAUAUGACAAUCAUAUCAGUUAAUUCAACAGAUUCAUCAGGCAUAUACGUUGGAGUUUACAAAUCUACUGGUUACCAACGUCCUACUAAAGACGAUAGUGCUAAAUUUCUUACUAUUAUAAUUACAGACGGAUUCACUCAAGUGGAAUUUAAACGUCCCCUUAGUGCACCUAAUCGAAAACCAAUUACUGCUUCCUCGAUAAAAAUAUCAAUAUGGAUUGUUAGGUAUAUGAGACAUAGGGAUACAUACAUGUUUAAGCAUCGUAACCUUCAAAUUCUUGGCGCUAUUUGUGUUGGAAUAUUUGGAGCUGUAGCGAUGUCUUCAGUUACAAUCCAAUUUAGAGUUCCUCAUGGAAUACUUGGUACCACGGUUUAUACAAUUUUAGUUGUUCAAGUUGGACUUGGAUUAUAG